AUGGACCUUCUUCGAGACAAAUGUCACGCCUCAGAAGCAAGCACCUGCUCCAGCCCUGACGCUGGCGCUGGCACGGGCGCCGCCGCGGGCCAGCCACACGCCGCGCACUCAUCGCAAGCCACCCGCACCCGCGCCGACCGCCCCUGCGACACCUGCCGCAAGAGGAAGUCGAGAUGCGUCAAGGAGCCCGGCCAGGACAAGUGUGUCUUGUGCUCCUUCCACCGUCGCGCAUGCACCUACCUCGAUGAGCCUCAGCGGAGGAAGAGGCCCAAGGCUGACAGCUUGGCAAGCAUCUCCUCGACCCCAGAGCACCGCAGGCAGAGCUCCGAUCCUUCGUCCAGGAAAAAGCCGAAAUCUGCUACUUCUCGAGAUGACUCCCAUGCCACGAGCCCCUCAAGUGCAAGGUCGCUUCUUGACUGCACCCUGGGCCUCCACGGCAGCACGCAUUUCAGGUACAUCGGCCCCAGUUCUGUGUACGAGGGACAGCUCCUCGACGUCUUGUACGGCCUGGUGGAUCAUGGCGCCGACGAGACAACUUCCAAGUUUCGCCGCGCCGACAACGCCAUCACGUUCUUGUCGCGGCCAGAUUCCAAGACCCUGUUCAGCGCCGACGACGACGACGACCUUGACUACGUCGAGUCGCUCGUCCGUCCACACGGGCCAGCACUCGUCAACCUGUACUUCAGGACAGUGCACCCGAGCUUUCCUGUGAUCCACAAGGCCGUAUGGCUCGAGAAGUACGCGCGCUCCUUCAAGGAAUUCUCUCCGCCUCAGCUUGCCGCCUUCUACCUCAUUGCCAUGGACUGGUGGGAGUACGAUCCCGAUCUGUCAUCCAAGGACAAGCCGGACGCGAUGGCGCUGCUCAAGGUGGCCAUGACCUCCUUGUCCGCCGUCAUCCACCGCCCAAAGCUCUCUACGGUCCAGGCAGGCUUGCUGCUGCUGCAGAGGUCAGGAGGGGACUCGUGGGUGUUGACGAGCCAGGUAGUGGCGCUUGCGGAGGAGCUUGGGCUACACAUGGACUGCUCCUUGUGGAAUAUUCCGGACUGGGAGAAGGGGCUGAGGAGGAGGCUGGCCUGGGCCGUCUUCAUGCAAGACAAGUGGAGCGCCUUCACCCACGGUCGACCGUCACACAUCACCCCAGGCUCCUGGCGCAUCCCUCACCUAGCGCUCGACGACUUCCCAGAAUCAGCCGCAGAUGAUGACGGCAAGGACGGGAGCACAGAAGUCGAGACAGGGCGGCAGGUCUUCAUCCACCUGACACAUCUGACCGAAAUUAUGGCAGAAACCCUCGAGGCUCUGUACGGGCCAAACCAGGUGCGCACAGAGAGCGUCUAUGCCCAGCACGGUGUGCAGGGUCUCAUGAACAUGGUGAAGCCCAUGGUCAGGAGGCUCGAGGCGUGGGCCGAGGAGAUACCUCCGGGCCUAGAAAUGGACUCUACGAAGCCGAGACGACUCUGCUCCAACGGCAACCUCCAUCUGUCUUAUUUCAUUACCGAAAUCAUGAUAUACCGCUUCAUCAUGCGCCGAGUCACUCCCGACACCCUGCCUGCCGUCCGAGACAUCGCUCGUGAGGCAGGUAAGGCCUGCCUUGAGAAGGCCAUGAGCUUCGUCGAGUGCCUACGUCCCGAGCAUCUGCAAGCCUUCUGGUGGUCCGCAGCGCCAAAGUCACUAGCCCUCAUCAGGUCAUUCGGCGGUCUUCUAUGGGCAACCAGCAGCACCGAGAUGGAGGCCGGCUUUUACCGGCAAAAGCUCAUAGACUUCCAGUGGAGCUUGAAGGUGCGGUCCAGGGGGGUCGGCUUCGUGACUGCCGCCAUCCGUGAGGUGGAAGACUCUCUGAAUGACCCUGACAUGGCUCACUCGCCAGUUGCAAGCAGUAGCAAAUCACUGUACUAUUCGUUGGAAGAGAUGAGCGCCGCAGAGAUGCCGCCGCAAUCACAGCCCCAGGCACUCCCUCGGCACAAUCUCACCCGCAUGAAUGGGCCCUUACCAACACCCCCGCAAAUUUCGCCUGUUGAGCAGGCCACACCGCGGGUUGCGCCUUUUGAUCCGGCCCUGUACGAACAAGCCCAGUUGGGGCAUGGCCAUCUGGAUCCGUCAUCACUUAGCUUCAGCAUUAUGGACCUCGAUCCUACUGCGAGGCAGGUGUACAUGGAUAUGACCGGGCAGGCUCUCUUCUACACGGACAUGCCCAUGCCUAAUCCGUGA